AUGGCUGAGAUCAAUGGGAGCUUCGUCUCCCCCGCCGCCGAUGCCACUGCUUUCCCUCAAGUCUUCCAACCCGCCGGCUUGGUCGCCGAUUUCCUCAAUGGUCUGACCUUCUGGAAGACUCUGGCGACCCUGCUCGCCCUGGCCGUUGUCUAUGACCAGUUCCGAUACAUCUACCUCAAGGGCGCCAUUGUUGGUCCGGCAUGGAAGCUCCCGUUCAUGGGACCAUUCCUCCAGUCUGUCAACCCCAAAUUCCACGAGUACAAGGCCAAAUGGGACAGCGGCGAGCUGAGCUGUGUGUCUGUUUUCCACAAGUUCGUUGUUAUUGCAUCCACUCGUGAUAUGUCCCGCAAGAUCUUCAACUCGCCCACCUACGUUAAGCCCUGUGUUGUCGAUGCCGCGCACAAGCUGCUUGGCAAGACCAACUGGGUGUUCUUGGACGGCAAGGAGCACGUUGACUUCCGCAAGGGCCUGAACAACCUUUUCACUCGCCAGGCGCUUUCUUGCUAUCUCCCUCGCAUGGAGGAAGUCUACAACGACUACUACGCGCGCUUCCUUAAGAAGUCUAAGGAGAACAAUCACGAGCCCACCCCCUGGAUGCCUGAGUUCCGUGAUCUGAUGUGCGCCGUCUCUUGCCGUACUUUCGUCGGCCACUACAUUACCGAUGAGGCAAUUGACAAGAUCUCCGUCGACUACUACAACAUCACUGCUGCCCUCGAGCUUGUCAACUUCCCGAUCAUCCUUCCCUUCACCAAGACCUGGUACGGAAAGAAGGCUGCGGACAUGGUUCUCGACGAAUUCGCCAAGUGCGCUGCCAAGAGCAGAGCUCGCAUGGCUGCUGGUGGAGAGAUUAGCUGCAUCAUGGACGCUUGGAUUAAGGCUCAGUUGGACUCUGCCAAGUACCGCGAGAAGAUUGCCAAGGGCAUUGAGGUUGACUCGUCUGAGAAGCCCCCUCAAGUCCUCCGUGAUUUCACCGACUACGAAGUCUCCCAGACUAUCUUCACCUUCUUGUUCGCUUCCCAGGAUGCCACCAGCUCCGCUAGCACUUGGCUGUUCCAGCUCAUGGCCGAUCGCCCUGACAUCCUUGAUAAGGUCCGUGAGGAGAACCUGCGCCUCCGCAACGGGGACGUGAAUACGCCUUUGACCAUGGACUUGCUCGACUCAAUGACCUACACUCGCGCCGUGGUCAAGGAGACCCUCCGCUACCGCCCUCCCGUCAUCAUGGUUCCUUACAUCGCCAAGAAGGACUUCCCCAUUACCGACAAGAUCACUGUCGCCAAGGGCUCCAUGAUCAUCCCAUCCGUCUACCCUGCCACCCGUGAUGAGGAAGCUUACCCCAACGCCGACUCAUUCGACCCUGACCGCUGGGUCACCGGUACCGCUGAGCAGCACCCUAAGAACUUCCUUAUCUUCGGCACUGGUCCUCAUUAUUGUCUUGGUCAGACCUACGCCGUUCUUAACCUGAUGGCCAUGAUCGGCAAGGCCAGUAUGGAGAUGGACUGGGUUCACACCCCGACUCCCCAGUCUGAGGAAAUCAAGGUCUUUGCUACCAUCUUCCCUCAGGACGACUGCCUGCUUACCUUCCGUCCCCGCGCUUGA